AUAUAAUACACCGACACCUCAUUUACCCUUCUUCACACACUUUCAUCUAAGAAACUCGCUGCCACUCUAAGCUACAAAGAUGCAACAAAGAAAUAUAUAACUACUCACACAGCACCAGAACCAAGAAAAGAAAAGAAAAUGGCAAUCAUGGGAAAGACACUCUUGGCACUUUUAUUGUUGUCAUCAAUUUUCUCCAUAGCCUUAUCAUCAAAGAAAAGAAGAUCAUCCUACAAUAACAUAGAUUGGUGGUGCAACCAAACACCAUACCCUGAGCAAUGCAAAUGCCUGAAGCAAGACCACAAUUACCCUCACAGGAUCAAACACAAAACCGAAUUCCGAAACAUUAUGGUGCAUCUAGCCUUAGAGAGAGCAGUUCUUAUGCGAAAGCAAGCACGCGAGUUCGAGCAAACCUCGACCACCAGGAAGCAGAGAUCUGUGUCACGUGAUUGCGUGAGGCUCUAUGAUAACACCGUGUGGCACCUGAACCGAACCUUCCAAUUCCUUCAUGACAAGAACAAGAGAAGGAAAGAGUGUUCACCUUUCGAUGCACAAACAUGGCUCAGCACUUCUCGCACCAACAUCCAAACAUGUCAACGCGGGGCCUUAGAACUAAGAAUUCCACAUUUCAUCGUCCCAAUUAUGAAGAACAAUGUCACUGAGAUCAUAAGCAAUGGUUUAUACGUUAAUUGGGGUUUCGUGAAACAGGAAAAAGAGCAUUACACAGGGGAUGCAGAGUAUAAUACAGAGAAAACAGAGCAUUUUACUGAAAAUUACACAGAGGAAACAGAGCAUGAUACAGAGAAAACAGAGCAUCACACAGGGGAAUCAAGGGAAGGUGGGUUUCCAAGGUGGUUUUCCACGCACGAGAGGAAGCUGUUGCAGUCUUCUAAGAUAAAGGCACAUCUUGUGGUGGCAAAAGAUGGUUCUGGGCAUUUCAAGACUGUUCAAGCUGCUCUGGAUAUGGCGGCAAGGAGAAGGUUCAAGACGAGGUUUAUUAUACGUGUGAAAACAGGGGUUUACAAAGAGAAUAUUGAGGUUGACAAGGCGAAUGAUAACAUCAUGUUGGUUGGUGAUGGGAUGAAAAACACCGUGAUUACAAGUGGGAGGAGCGUUAGAGAUGGCUUUACCACCUAUAGCAGUGCAACAGCAGGAAUUGAUGGACCGCACUUCAUUGCACGUGACAUAACGUUCGAGAACACAGCUGGACCUCGUAAAGGCCAAGCAGUGGCACUUCGAUCAGCCUCUGACCUCUCUGUGUUCCACCGUUGUUCCAUCAAAGGCUACCAAGACACCCUCAUGGUCCACGCACAACGUCAGUUCUACAAAGAAUGUUACAUCUUUGGCACCGUUGAUUUCAUCUUUGGUAACGCCGCAGUGGUAUUCCAAAACUGCAUCAUCCUUGUAAGAAGGCCUUUACCAGGCCAAGGAAACAUGAUCACAGCCCAAGGUCGAGACGACCCGUUUCAAAACACCGGGAUCUCAUUCCACAAUUGUCAAAUCAGGCCCGCUCCGGAUCUGAAGCCUGUCAUUUCCAAGUUCCCCACGUUCUUAGGACGGCCUUGGCAAAGAUACUCUAGAGUAGUGGUCAUGAAGACAUUCAUGGAUACCUUGGUGAGCCCAACGGGCUGGUCACCAUGGGGGAAUACUAAUUUUGCUCAGAGCACUCUUUAUUAUGGUGAGUACAGAAACUCUGGGCCUGGUUCAUCCACCAGAAACAGGGUACGAUGGCCCGGUUACCAUGUCAUAACAAGCCCAACUGAGGCAUCACGUUUCACUGUUGCUAGUCUUCUUGCUGGAAAUUCAUGGUUGCCUACCACUGGUGUGCCAUUCAAAUCCGGCCUGUAAUCAUAGUCAUGUGUGCUACGUUUAAUAUUGAGUCCAUUGUUUUUCAAUUGGAUGAAAUUAAAUUAUAUUGUAGUUAAUUUGUGUAUACAAAUAAGACAAUAUUCUUUUGUGUAUUCCACGAAAAAAAUAAUAAGUUAUUGGCAAUUUGAUCCUUUAA